GUGUAUAUUCAGAUAUAGCGUAUACUGUCCUCCAUUUCCUUGGGUCUGUAAAAGCUGCGAUCGAGGAGAGGAAGGCAUAAUUAUUGUCGACGUCGAUGGAGGGUACGGUCAAGUGUGCGGCCAACUUCGUUCCUCUGACGCCCAUCAGCUUCCUCGACCGCUCGCCCGUCGUCUACGGCGACAGAGUCUCCGUCGUCUAUGGCGACGCCGUCAGGUACACGUGGCGUCAGACCCGUGACCGCUCCCUCAAGAUCGCAUCCUCUCUUUCGCGCCUCGGCGUCUCGCGCGGCGACGUGGUCGCUGUAUUGGCCCCAAAUGUUCCGGCCAUGGUUGAGCUUCAUUUUGCCGUUCCUAUGGCUGGUGCGAUUCUCUGUACACUCAACAUUCGGCAUGAUUCUGCUAUGGUAUCGGUUUUACUGAGACAUUCAACAGCAAAGGUGCUUCUUGUAGACCAGCAGUUUCUCCAAAUAGCUCAGGGAGCGCUUAAACUCCUUUCAAAGACCGGUGAUAAGCUCCCAAUUAUUGUUUUGAUCCGAGACCCUGUUCAAGAAUUCUCUAGCACGAACCCGUGGGAGAGAUCUGAUGAGCAUCUGGACUACGAUGGUCUCGUGGCGACGGGAAAUUCGGAUUUUCAAGUCAUACGCCCGAAGGACGAGUGUGACGCUAUUUCUCUUAAUUAUACCUCAGGCACCACUUCAAGCCCAAAGGGUGUCGUUUACAGUCACAGAGGAGCUUAUCUGAAUUCUCUGGCUUCGGUUCUGCUAUUCGAGAUGCAGUCGUCGCCUAUUUACCUUUGGAGCGUUCCCAUGUUUCACUGCAAUGGCUGGUGCAUGUUGUGGGGUACUGCCGCUCUCGGUGGCACCAAUAUCUGUCUCAGGAAUGUAACCGCGAAAGGCAUAUUCGAUAGCAUUUCUCGCCACAAGGUGACCCAUCUCGGCGGCGCACCAACGGUCUUGAACAUGAUAAUCAACGCUCCUGCAUCGGAGAGAAAGCCUCUGCCUGGAAAGGUGUCCAUCAUGACCGGAGCUGCGCCUCCUCCACCGCAUGUGCUUUACCAGAUGGAGGAGCUGGGAUUCUCCGUGACUCACUCGUAUGGAUUGACGGAAACUUAUGGACCCGGGACUGUCUGUUCUUGGAAACCCGAGUGGGAUUCUCUGCCUAGAGAUGAACAGGCUAGACUGAAAGCCCGUCAGGGUGUGAACCAUUUAGGGAUAGAGGAGGUCGAUGUUAAAGAUCCCGUGACAAUGAAAAGCGUUCCAUCGGAUGGAAAAACCAUCGGCGAGGUCGUCUUCCGGGGAAAUACAGUGAUGAACGGGUAUUUCAAGAAUCCCGAGGCAACCAAGGAAGCUUUCAGAGGAGGAUGGUUUUGGACCGGCGAUUUGGGAGUGAAGCACUCGGAUGGAUACAUAAAGCUGAAAGACCGAUCGAAAGACAUUAUAAUCUCGGGGGGAGAAAACAUCAGCUCGAUCGAAGUGGAAUCUGUUCUGUAUACUCAUCCUUACGUUCUUGAAGCCGCUGUUGUCGGCAGGCCGGAUGAGCAUUGGGGCGAGACCCCUUGCGCGUUUGUGAAGCUCAAGAGCGGGUCAAGAACGAGCCCCGAGGAGCUCGUUAAGUACUGUAGGGAACGGCUUCCGCACUAUAUGGCUCCAAAGACUAUCGUUUUCGAGGAUCUACCGAAAACUUCGACGGGAAAGGUUCAGAAGUAUGUCCUAAGGAAGAAGGCAGAGGCCAUGGGAAGCCUGACUAAAAAGGCUACCAGCAAGUUGUGAACUUGUGUUUUGAUUCUUGAAACAUUUAGAACAUAUAUUGCAGAUAUGUAUGUUUGUGCUUCUCUUCUGAAUCGUAUAAUUAGUAUUCAGUAGUUCACUCCUC